CCGGAGUGCUCUCCUCUCAGUGUUGCAGGUGCUCUGUCUAAGCGAGAGAGGAUGCGAAAGGAGUGCAGGGGAGGGAUAGAGAGAAGGAAAGCGCCGGUGAAAAAGUCAGCAGUAUGGUGCAGGGCAUGAUAAAAAUGAUAUCAACAGCAGCAGAUAGCGCGUUUAUUGACCUGGGGGCUCCGCAAUGAAAGGUUUCUUGCAAGGGACACUUUGAGAUAUGAUGAGGUUUCUUUCUGGUUGGCAAUAGUACUAUGAUUUGGUAUGUGGUCACUUUGAUAGCAAGUGUAUUCAGCACCCGAGGAACGGCAGCUCAAGGUGCCCACGGCGUGCGAGAGGAGCCCCAGUUUGUGACGGCGCGCGCUGGAGAGAACGUCAUCCUGGGAUGCGAUGUGGCCCACCCCCUGAACGGCCAGCCCUAUGUGGUGGAAUGGUUCAAGUUCGGAGUGCCCAUCCCCUUCUUCAUCAACUUCCGCUUCCACCCGCCUCAUGUGGACCCGGAGUACGCCGGCCGAGCCAGUCUGCACGGAAAAUCUUCUCUGCGGAUUGAGAAGGUGCGUUCAGACGACCAGGGCUGGUAUGAGUGUAAGGUACUGAUGUUGGAGCAGCAGUACAACACCUUUCACAACGGCAGCUGGGUGCACCUCACAGUAAACGCUCCCCCCAGUUUCACGGACACGCCGCCACUGUACGUUGAGGCCAAGGAAGGCGGCAGCAUCACCCUGAGCUGCGUUGCUUCCGGCAACCCCAAGCCCUCCAUCAACUGGCUCCGGGAGGGUGAGCCCCUGGAGGACAGCAUCAAGUACAAGGUUUCUGAUGGGAGUCUGACGGUGCUGUUGGUCAGCCGCGAGGACAGAGGGGCGUACACCUGCCGAGCCUACAGCAUCCAGGGGGAGGUUGUCCACACCACACGCCUGCUUGUCCAAGGGCCACCGUUCAUCAUUUCCCCUCCCCAGAAUCUGACGGUGAACAUAUCCCAGGCCGCCAAGCUGGACUGCCUGGCCGAGGCCUACCCUGGCAACCUCACCUACACCUGGUUCUGGGAGGAUGACAACGUCUUCUUCAAGAAUGGCCUGAGGGACAGGGUCAGUAUUCUGGUGGACGGCUCGCUCAUCAUUGGCAGUGUGAAGCCAGAGGAUGCUGGGAGAUUCACCUGCAGCCCCAGCAACAGCCUGGGCCGGCCCCCAUCCGCCUCGGCCCAGCUCACAGUGCAAUACCCUGCCCGUGUCAAAGACAUGCCGCCUGCCAUUUAUGUGGCCAUCGGCCUGCCAGGCUUCAUCCGCUGCCCGGUGGACGCCAACCCGCCCGCCACGCUGGUCAAGUGGACCAAAGAUGGCAACCCUCUCCGGAUAGAGAAGUACCCUGGUUGGAGCCAAAUGGAGGACGGGAGCAUCCGCGUGACUGAGGUGACGGAUGACUCUCUGGGCACCUACACCUGCAUGCCUUACAACGCUCUGGGCUCUGAGGGUUGGUCCGAUCCCACUCCUCUGGUGCUAAAGGAUCCCCCCAAGUUCUCGAUUGUUCCCGGAGGGGAGUACAGGCAGGAGGCUGGGAGAGAACUGGUCAUCCCCUGUGCGGCUGAGGGAGAAUUUCCCUAUCCCAACAUCACAUGGAGGAAGGUAUGGAAGCCCAGCAAAAGCAAGCACAAUGUCCUCCCCUCAGGUACCUUACAGUUCAAGUCCCUAAGCAAGGAGGACCAUGGGGAGUGGGAGUGUGUGGCCACCAACGUCGCCACGAGCAUCACUGCCAGCACACACCUCCUAGUUAUUGGCACAAGCCCCCACGCCCCGGCCAACGUUCAUGCGGCGGUCUCCACCACCUGGGCCAACGUGUCAUGGGAGGCUGGCUACGAUGGCGGCUUUGAGCAGACAUUAUCAGUCUGGUAUGGCCAUGUGGUGAAGAGGGAGCAGCUGGGCCCACAUGAUUGGCUGUCUAUAGCCGUGCCUUCUGGCCAGACAUGGCUGGUAGUGCCCGGCCUGGAGCCCCAGACUGCCUACCAGUUCAGUGUCCUUGCACAUAACAAGCUGGGCACGGGCCCCUUCAGCGAGGUCAUCACUGUGAACACACUAGUUUUUCCUAUAAGUAUACCUGAACCCCUGGUGCUGCUUACCCCACCACGAUGCCUCAUAGCCAAUCGGACGCAGCAGGGUGUUUUGCUCAUGUGGAUCCCGCCGGCCAACCACACAGCUCCGAUCGAGCGCUACGUCAUGGAGUUCCGCCUAGGGGAGAGGUGGGAUGUCCUGGACGAUGCCAUCCCCGCUGGAGAGACAGACCUGCUAGCCAGAGACCUCAUUCAGGAGGCAUGGUAUGAGUUCCGGGUCAUAGCAGUCAUGGAGGAACUGGUCAGCGAGCCCAGUAACACAGUAGGAGUGUCCAGUACAGACUUCUUCCCACCCCCGGAAUUGGUGGAUGAGGGGGGGCUGGCGCGGCCGGUGGUGGCUGGCAUCGUGGCUACCAUCUGUUUUCUGGCAGCUGCUGUCCUCUUUAGCACACUGGCAGCCUGCUUCGUCAACAAGCAGCGCCGACGAACGCUCAAGAGGAGGAGAGACCCCCCUCUCUCGAUAACACACUGCAGAAAAAGUGUGGAAACUCCGACUCCUCUUAGCCCAUUGCCCGGCAUAGAGCCCUACUGUGAGGGGCCAGACGCCAGCAGCUACCAGCCCCCGCCCUCCAGCCCUCAGUCCUCCUCUGGUAAGGAGAGUCCGGAGAGUAUGCGUUCCAUGGGACAACCAUCAGAGUGUUCUGAGAACGGGCAUAGCAUGAGCAUGAAGAAGAUCCCCCCGAGUUCUGCGAAGAAGGAAGAACUCUCCCUGUACAAGAAAACCAAGCGAGCAAUAACGAGCAAAAAGUACAGCGUCUCCAAGUAUGAAAUGGAGGCAACCACGCCCAUUGAGCUGAUCAGCCGAGGCCCUGACGGACGCUUCGUCACGGACCCCAGCGACAUGGAGAUGAUUUCCAUCAAGCCCCGGCGAAUUGAGGGCUUCCCCUUCGUCGAAGAGUCAGACCGCUAUCCCGAAUUCCGCCAGUCGGAUGAGGAGAACGAUGAUCCCGGGCCCAUGCCCCCCAUCAUGGCAACCCUUCGACCCCACCAAAUCUCCCCCAUCUCCAGCCAGGAGUCUUACCUGCAGCCACCAGCCUACAGCCCCCGCUUUCAGAGACCCAUGGAAGGUAUGACCAUCAUGGAGAGCAGUCGGCUUGAGGCCACGGGGCAGAUCCAAGGCUCCCUGCACCACAGAGCCUUCCCCCAGAGCCACGAUCACUUCUAUGGGUACCUUGGCAGCCCUGGGGAACCCGACCCUCCACCCCCUUUCUACAUGGUAGACACCAGCCCUCUGAGCUCUGUCAUGUCAUCACCACCUUACCACCCCGAAGGGCCCUUUGGUCACCACCGCAUCCCUGAGGAGAUGGGGGAAGGAGAUAUUCAUCACUAUGCCGUCUCAAGCUUCCCCCUUCCCCUGACGCUUACCUCUUCCUCUCACUCCCCGGAGAUCUGGCACAGACCCGAUUUCCCCUUUGCAAAUCUGGAAAGGCCCCACUUCAUUUUCCCACCGCACCAACCUUUGCAUCUCCACCGGGAACCUUUCUUUCCUCCUCCCCAUGUUCUUCCCCCUGGUGCUCUCCAGCCAUCCUCUCUCCAGGUGCCCUCCUAUCCCGGUGUUCUGCAGCUGGAGGUCCCAAAGAGCUGUCCAGGCAAGUCUCCCAGCAAGGUCAAGCCUCAGGGCCUUCCAGUCAAGCGUUUAGCUAUGCAAGAGGCUCAGAGUCUAGGGAAACUAAGACACAUAAGCUACGGUAUGGGUGUGCCGGUUUUGCCUUACCCCGACCCAACAGCCCUCAUGGGCAGCCCUAGCACAUUCAGUAGCCUGGACACCCGGUGGUUUGAGCCUACCCCCCGGCUCAGCCCCAGGCAGGCUCGUAGAAUGGAGCCUAGCAUGAUGGUCCUCCAACCUUCCCGCCUCUCGCCCCUCACCCAGAGUCCACUUAGUUCCCACGAGGGCUCCCCAGAGAUUCUAGUGCGACCGCGUCCCCGUCCUAGCUUCGUCCAGCCCUCCAUACCUCCAGAGAUGUCUGAGAUCACCCUGCUUCCCCCCUCUUCAGCCAGCUUCUCUCGGAGGUCGUCUCCCUCUUCCUCUCUCGCCCAUGGUCAGGUUAGCAAGAGGGCAAGUCCCAGCUUCCGCUCCCACAUGGCCUUUGCCACCUCCGCCACAAGCUACCCGUCCCAGUCCCCGUCACCCCCCAUGGAAAGCAGCAACAUGUUUGGGCAGAUCCCAAGUGAUCCCAUUGGGCAGAUACCAUCCCAGAGGAGAACUGAGGAGGAGGUCCUUCCGUCCGAGCCCUCUCCACCCCAGUUUUCAGCUUCAGGAAAUCGUCGAGGUGAGCCGAGUGCCCCUGCGGGGUCUGAGAGGUUUGAUGCAUUGAGGUACCAACGUAUUAAAAAGGCCAAGAAGAUGAUGGUGGUCAACAACAACAACUCCAAGUCCAGAAGAAAAACAGGUGUCUCCACCUUUCAGACCCAGCAGGACUACACCUCUCAGGUACUCCAGCCCGAAGAAGCUCUCUACCUCCGCAAGAAGAAGAAACGGCCAGUCAAACAGGACCCGUAUUCCCGCUUCUCCGCUCUGCUGUACCGUCGCCCGCCCCAGGAGGACCGGAAGGCCAUUUUGGCCAGCAUGGAUAACAUGGACCCAGACCAUGCCACUCUCCUCUGACACUGUGGGGGAGUCAGGUUACACUCUUCCCCCAAAAUGCCACAAAACCCCACCUGGAAAAUGACCUCUGUCUAAAGCGUUGCUCAUUCCCCAGCAUCAAUCAAUGGAUUUAAGUUCCUUUUUUAAAAGAAGUUGAAAGUAAAACAGUGGCUAUCCAAUGUUUCCAAAGUUUUACUCCAGUGCAAAACAUUUAAUUUUAGGGAAGCAAUACUGUGUGCUACAACAUAGAUUACUUUGAAACAAAUGUUCUAACCAUUUGGAAAAGGACCCCGUCUGAGGUUUUCACUUUCUAUCUCAUCUUUAUACUUCAGUACAGGCGUAGCCCAUUGUAAAUACGGUCCAUGAAGCCUAGUACGGUCUCAGUUUACAGCACCUUGCUCACCUGAGUAUCCUCACCUGCCUCACUCUGCUAGCCCUCUAUCACCUCCCAGAGACUCUCCCAUCCACACAGGGUUCUCACUCAGAUCCUACAAAAUAUACCUCAGAGCACAGGACAUGGCACCACAACGAGGCUCAGCUAGCUGAACACAACUGUAUUGGCAUGUAUGUUUUUUAUGAUCUUAUAACUUAUUUAAGCAGGGUUUGGUUGAAAUUUGACACAAUUUUAAUAACUCCAAAUGUGAACAUCCAAUUGGUAACUGUCACAAUCGUCGUGAGGAGUGGACCAAAAUGCAGCGUGGUAUGUGUUCAUGAUGAUUUUUUAAUUAAAGAAAGCACUAAACACUGAAUACAAAACAAUAAACGAAUAAGACGCUAUAAUGAGACCUGUGCUGACACAAGCAACUAACAUAGACAAUCACCCACAAACAAACAGUGACACCCAGGCUACCUAAGUAUGAUUCUCAAUCAGAGACAACUAAUUACAUUUACAUUACAUUUAAGUCAUUUAGCAGACGCUCUUAUCCAGAGCGACUUACAAAUUGGUGCAUACACCUUAUGACAACCAGUGGAACAGCCA